CUCCUAACACCAUCCAGCAUCCCCCAAACCCCCUCCGUGGUGUUCUCCUGUUUCAUAGCGAAAGUCGGUCCGGUCAUAAUGAGGAGGAAAAAAAAAUAUAAAAUGAAUGAGUGACAUAGAUGAUUGCGGUGAUUCCUGCAGGGGGACGUCUUGAAGGACUUUACUAAACAUCUUCAAGUUUGCCUCAGUUGUCGGCCAGUCGGAUUUAAGCACGCAAUCUCAGGAUCUCUGUUUUGAAGGUUGGGUCGUUCGUUUUCUGUGUUUAUUACAGACCUCAGCAUCAGGAAUGGCUUUGAGCUCCCGGGCUCACGCGUUCUCCGUUGAAUCUCUAGUGGGUAAAAGUCCAAAGAGGAAGGGUGACCACACAGAAAAAGAAAAAAUCAUGAACGAAGCUUCGGGAUUACUGUGUGAAAAGAAAACGGACAGGAGCGCAGCAGCAACUGAAUCUGGAAAGAAAAGGAAAAGUGAUACAGGGAUGUGCAAAGCUGUUUGCUCUGACUCUGAGAAGGAUGUCCAAGUUGAACUGCAAGGACUGGACCUAUGGAAGAGGUUUCAUGAGAUUGGAACAGAAAUGAUCAUCACUAAGGCUGGCAGGAGAAUGUUUCCUUCAGUAAGGGUGAAAGUGAAAGAUCUGGAUCCCUUUAAGCAGUACUACAUCGCCAUGGAUAUCAUCCCUGUAGACUCCAAGAGAUAUAGGUAUGUUUACCACAGCUCCCAAUGGAUGGUGGCGGGGAACACUGAUCAUUCAUGUAUAACACCCAGAUUAUACAUCCACCCUGACUCGCCCUGCUCUGGGGAGACAUGGAUGAGGCAGGUUAUCAGUUUUGAUCGAGUCAAACUCACCAACAAUGAGAUGGACGACAAAGGUCAUAUAAUUCUCCAGUCCAUGCAUAAGUACAAGCCGCGGGUGCAUGUGAUAGUGCACAGCGCAAAACUGGAUUUGGCACAAAUUCAUUCACUUCCAGAUGAAGGUGUAAAGACGUUUAUCUUCAAAGAAACCGAAUUCACUACAGUCACGGCUUACCAAAACCAGCAGAUUACAAAGCUUAAAAUUGACAGAAACCCUUUUGCUAAAGGAUUCAGAGAUCCUGGAAGAAACCGGGGUGUUUUAGAUGGGAUUUUGGAAACCUACCCUUGGAGAAGCCCUCUUAGUCUUGACUUGAAGCACUUUGGCUUGGAGGCCCAAGGUAGGGGGACAUCAUCACCUCUGAGCUGUGGGACCCCACCUUCUAUAAGUGGCCUGCCUUCAUCACCCUGUUCAUUUGGCUUGCCUUGUUCAAACACAUCCUUGCACAGCCUCACCAUACCUCUUUCCUACAAGUUGUACUCUCCAAGCCUGGGUGGAAGUCACCCGUUCAGUCCAGCUGACCAUGAUAGACUGCAGGAGAGUGGCUCUGUGGGGGUACAAGUGCUUGCUGACUUUCCUUUUCUGGAAUCCUUCAGUAUUCCUCAGUUGAGAGAUAAAAAGAAGGGAGUGGACUGUAAGGGCCCAUGCAUUCAGGAGCUGCCAGGUCCAACACAGCAUCUUUAUUUACGCUGGAUGCAUGAGGCUGGCAGUGCUGGGCUCCCAGCAUCGCAGCUCCGACAGGACUCUUGUUCUCUUCUGCCCCAUUACAGUUUGUGUAACUAUGAUCUAUCAAUGGCAUCAAGACUGUCUAGUAUGACGCGGCAUUUCAAGCUUGCUGAAGCCAUGCCACUGACACCUAGAGAGGGACAACUGUGUCAUAAACUUUGGAAUUCGCCCACUUAUCAUUUACUUUGAAUGAAAAUAUUCUUUUGAACUGGUGCUUCCUCUGCUUCUUU